AUGUAAAAAAGGGUAUAAAUAGAGAGUAGAAAAGUAUAAACUGUUUAUGCUCCUCUAGCUACAUCUUCAUUAACUAUUCAUUCUAGAGCUACAUCUUAAUCAUAAUCAUAAAAUAACACUAUCAAAGUCAUUUAAAAACAACCAAAAAUACGCAACCGAUCAUUAAUAACUAGACAUAUAAAGCAAAAAUAAAUAUUCUCAUAAACUGAUACUUGUACUAAUAAAGUAUUGACUGAGAGAAAUUUAGAAAUAGAUUGUUCUUUGAUGGAACCAUCAACUACAACUAGUAUAUAACAAUCUUAACUUGUUUGGCAAUCUCCUUAUAGACCUCAUGUAUAUACUAUCUAUUUUCCAUAUCCAUGUACAAUUAUAUGAUAUUUAAGAAAUGCUUCAAUAAACAAGAUCUUAACAAUUUUUAGUAGAGCAGAUCAAAAAACCACUAUAUUAUAAGCUCUAAGGAUAGGUACCAUUCAAAUGCAUUUUAAGUGCUUUUGAGGCUGCUGGAUUUGAAAGAAGUGAUGAAGAAAAUUGGUUAAUUUAUUGGGGAAUAGCUAGUAAAGAAACUUUAAAAGAAAUGAAAAAGUAUUAAAAAACAAAUCAUUUUCCUGGUUGUUGGAGUGUAGGAAGAAAGGAUAAUUUAUGGAUUCAUCUUUCGAAAGUUAAAAGAAAAUUUCCAACAGAAUACUACUUUAUUCCAAACACUUAUUUAUUGUAAUAUGAUUUUGAGAGAUUUGAAGGAAUAAGAGAGUCUGCUCCAAAAAAAACAUUAUGGAUUAAAAAACCAGUUGCUAGUGCUAGAGGAAAUGGAAUAAAAUUAAUAAAUAAAAAAACUAAAUUGACUGCAGAUAAAAGAUAUUUAGUAAUGGAUUAUAUAUCCAAUCCUCAUUUAAUUAAUAAUUUUAAAUAUGAUCUUAGAGUUUAUGUUUUGAUUACAUCAAUUGAUCCUUUAAGAGUUUAUAUGUAUAAAGAUGGAUUGGUUAGAUUUGCUACAUAAGAAUAUUCACUAAAAAGUUCAGAUAUUAAAAAGAGAUUCAUACAUUUAACUAAUUUCUCAGUUAAUAAACAAUCUCCAAAUUUUAUAGCUAAUAAUUAAGAUAUGGAAUAAUAAGUAAAAGCCUCAAAGUGGUCACAUAAAGAAUAUAAAUAAUAAUUAAUCGCUUAAGGUAUUAACCAUAAAAUAUUAUUUAAAUCAAUCUAAGAUGUAGUAUUGAAAACUUGUAUUGCUGCUGAACCUCUUUUGCUUGAUAGAAAUGGAAAAAGUAAUUAUAUUCUUAUAUAAUUAUUAGCUUCUGAACAUAAAAAUAAUUAUUUUGAAUUAUUUGGAUUUGAUAUAUUAAUAGAUGAAACAUUAAAACCUUGGUUAUUAGAAGUGAAUGUAAGUCCUUCAUUAAAUUCAGCAUCAGAAUUAGAUGCUUAAAUAAAAACUUAAUUGAUAUCAGAUAUGUUACAUUUGAUAGGAAUUGAAUAUUAUUAUAAAAAGGCUUUUAGGAUAUAGAUAAAAAAGAGACUAUUUGAAAGAAAUAUCAAUGAAAUUUAAUCAAUUAAUUCAAGAAACUUUAGAUAAAAAGUAAAUUAAACAGAUUUAGAUGUGAUGAUACAAUCGCUAGAAGAAUAAUUAAGACUUGGUCAAUUUAAAUGUUUGUACCCAAAUAAACAAAAUUUAUUUGAAUAUGAAUAAUAUUUUGAAUAUCCAAGAUUCCAUAAUAAACUAAUAUAAAAAUAUUUCGAAGAUGGAUCUAAUUGGAUUAUCUGA